CAUGCAGCGGUCGGAAGAAAGUUAUAGUUUAACAUCAUUGGAAACAUGCAGGCCAAGUUUCUGGCUGACUUAUUUACAGUGCCAUGUGUUUCUCAACCUUACAAGCGAGCUCACUCCUCCCUGAAGAUAAGGAAUGCAGCUCCAAAGCAAUAACAUGAUAAAGAGACAGCAGCAAGUCCUGAGCACAAAAAGUCCCAGCAAAGCAGCAGCAAUGUGGAUAAACAGCAGCAGCAGAAGAAAGCAAACCCAUCUUCCUGUCUGAUUGGAUGAAUUCCACGGAGGGGCGAGCAAGAUGGCGGUGGCAGCAUGUUGAAAUGCUCAAAAAGGACUGAGUGACUCGGGCAAGCCACAUGCAGCUAGCAUGCUGGCUAGCGACAUGAAAGAAAUGGACCCUUCAUGAUGCGUUCAACGUGCCAGCGCUGUGGUGGGAAAGGCUCCAUCAUAAACACGCCCUGCACCGAGGUUCAGGCCAAGAAGAAGAAGACGAUGACUUCCAAGCCCAAGAAGGUCAGCCUCAGCGUGGGCGAGCUGAUUGUGAAAGCCGUGGCCGCUUCCAAGGAGCGCAACGGCCUGUCCGUGGCCGCCCUCAAGAAGGCUCUGGCUGCCGGAGGCUACGAUGUGGACAAGAACAAGGCCCGUGUCAAGACCGCCAUCAAGAGCCUGGUGGCGAAGGGCACUCUGGUGCAGACCAAGGGCACCAGGACCUCCGGAUCCUUCAAGAUGAACAAGGCUACUGAGAGCAAAGCCAAGAAGCCCGCCGCGGCCAAAGCCAAGAAAUCGGCAGCAGCUGCUAAGAAGUCGCCCAAGAAGGCAGCAGCAGCACUUCAGCUACUAGACAGGACAAAGCUGAAGGAGAACUGCCGGGACUGUUGAAGAGGGAGAGGACAAAAGAGUGAGAGGACAACAGAGUGAGAAGACUAGGUGAGAACACAUAGGAAUUAUUUAAUGUGGGAAAUCAAAAUUUGGGUUAGCAAACCUGGGGAAAAGAAAACUGACUGCUUAAGUUGGAAAAUUGAGACGGAGUCUGAAACAUUGCGAAAAUAGAAACAUAUACAAAAUCACACACACACAAGCAGAACAUGCAUUAACCCUACUAACAAUUCCAAACACAA